CGGAAGUAGGCCCCGGCGGUGUUACCAUAGAGACGCGCGGUGCAGAGCGGCGCAUGACCGGAAGUAGGCCCCGGCGGUGUUACCAUAGAGACGGCCGGUGCAGAGCGUCCCUCCUCCGCCGCCACCAUCGAGGAGCCGGAGCGGAAGCGGCGGCGCCCGGAGCCGCCUGGUCCCGCAGUGAUGACGUCAGCGUCCACCAAGGUGGGGGAGAUCUUCUCAGCCGCCGGUGCUGCCUUCUCGCGCCUUGGGGAGCUGACAAUGACCCUGCAGCCAAGGGCUGAGACACGAGAGGGGGCCAAGUGGGCGGAGCCAGAGCUGGAGCUGCUCCGUGGAGCCAUCGGUCGCUUCGGGCAGGACCUGAACCAGCUGAGCUCCCUCAUCAAGGAGCGAACAGUGGCCCAGCUCAAAGCCACCACCAAGAGGAAGCUCUAUGAGGACACUGGGGUCCCCCUGGGCCCCGACCCCCCCCGCAAGGGGCCCCGCAAGGGGGGGGGGCCCCCCCAAAGUGGGGGUCCCACAGGGGCCCCCCCAGAGACCCCCAUCAAGAAGCACAAAGGAGAUUUUGGGGUCCCCCCCCCAGACAUUGACCCCGAGGCCUCCGGGGACAUUGUGGACAUCGAGGGGCUCCCGGAGCCCCCCCCAAGCAAGAAGCUGCACCAGGAGCAAGCCUGAGCCGUAAGGACCAUGGACAGCAACUGCCCCCCCCCAUUGAUCCCAAUGGAGCCCAGUUCAUCCCAGUGAAUCCCAAUGGACCCCAAUGGGUCCCAAUAUAUCCCAAUGGACCCCAAUAAAUCCCAAUGGACCCCAAUAAAUCCUAAUGGAUCCCAAUGGACCCCAAUAGA